AGAAAAUAGAAUCGGAUGAAAAAGGUAGUUAAAAUCAUUUUUGAAAAAUUUGCAGCAGAAGAAGACGUUGCAAAGGUAAACAUGUCUAGUAGUACCUUUGAAGUAAAAGAUACUGAAAAUGAAAAAGUCAUUGGUUUUGGCCUGGAAAAUUGUGACGAAAAUGGUAUUACAAUGGCUACUCAAGUAGAUUCUGAGCUACCUAAAGAUCACACUUACACAAAAGAACCAGAUGUUUUAGAGGGUGACCUUACAAAAUCUUCUGAAACUACUGGAAAUCAACUGGACGGUGCUGAGGAUCAUGCCACAGCUGAGAAACCUAGAGCAUCUAGAGGUACAAAAGCUCAGAAAGUGACCAAAAAAUUAACUAGCAAAGCUAAAUCGAAGUCUCCAAAGAAAAAUGCAUCUUCAAAAAAAAGUCAAACAAAAAAAGAAGUUCUGAGUCAUGAAGGCAAUACAGUAAGUGAAGUUGUAGAUGAAGAGAAAAGUAAUGAAAAGCAAGGACCAGUUGCAGAUGAAGAACAGUCAAAAGCAAAAAGAAAAAGUCGGAAAAGAAAAUUUGAAGAGAAAGAAAAUGUUCUUGAUCAUUCAAUUGUUGAGGAAGUUGAAAAUAUAUCAGAAGAAGCAAUAAAUAAUAAUUCAAGUGAUGAAAAUGCUACUAAAAAGAAAAAUGCAGCUGAUGCUGAAGAAGCUACUAAAGCAAAGAAGGUUGCGAAAGCAAAAAAAGUGUUAGCAAGUGAUGGUGCUGAAGAUCAGCAUAAUUUGCCGAAAGGCUGGGUGCGGAAGACUGUGGUACGAAAAUCUGGCAAAACUGCUGGACAAGUUGAUGUAUAUAUAUACAGUCCCGAAGGGAUAAAAUUUCGUUCAAAACCAGAUAUUGCUGCAUAUUUAGCAAGGACAAAAUCUCCAUUGAAAUUGGAUGAUUUUAGCUUCAGCAAGAAAUUAUCUGACAGUUCUUCAGUGAAACCAGCUGUGAAAAAAGAAAAACUGCCGUCUAGUAAACUAGCAUCGCCUGCUAAAAAGAAAGCCAAGCAGUCAGUUGCCUCUCCAAAAAAGAGUCCAAAACUUUUGGUGAAAAUAAAUUUUGCUGGAAAAUCUAAACAGAGAAAUGUUAAAAAAAGUGCAGAAAAAGCAAGCAAGUCUCCAGUAAAAGAAAAGUUAAAUUCAAAUUAUGGAAUGCUUUCCCCGAAAAAUGGAAAAGUUGCAAAGCUGCCUCAGCUGGAUGGAAAAACUUCUAAAGAAAAAUCAGUGAUUAAAGAGCCAUGUAUUGUACUGGAUAACAGCCUUAAAAAAGUGACCAGUGGAAGCACAGCUGCAUCUAAAAGAAAAUCGCUGCCUCCUCGACGUCUAAUAGAAGAGGAUAAUAGUCAUGAAAUACCAUCAUCUCCUCGUAUGCAAAAUGCCAAUAUCAGCCAUAGUCCUGCUCGACAUAAAAGGAAAUCAACACCUCCAAGUCGUUUAAUACCUGAG